UGUAGUUCUCCGCGUUACAUCGUAUAGACGGAGAACUGUUGUCUCAACAGGUGCGAUAUCAAAACUGGUAUAACCAGUUUGGUCACGUGAUAAGAGUUAUUGACCGUGCGUACGUACGAUUAGUGGUCAGUUCUACAGAGACUCUCGCUUGGUACACGUCGUUAACUACAUAGGGGAGUUUUUAUCAUGGAUCGAGAUACUCACGACAUUAUCAAGGACGUUGUAAAGGACACCGUGGAGGAAAGCAGACAGUCUUUACUUCAAGAAAUUGGGACGAUGUUCGAAAAGAUAAGUGAACAAAAUAAUUCUUCUCAAUUUGCUAGAAUAAGCAAUUUAGUGGCAUCAUCUCAGCCAAAAUUUAAAAGGAAAAGCAACGAAGAACAGUUUUGUCAUAAUAGUAAAGUUAUGUUGAAGCUUAAUGAAGCCGAGUCUAAGUUAGAUAGCAGUAAAAUUGAGGAGGCCAAAAGCAGUAUUACAACAGCCUUGGAUAUUUUGUCACACCGACAAAAGAUGAUACAGUUGGCGGAUGCUAGUGAAUUGGGGUGGAGAGUAGUUCAUGAGUAUGAACAAAAUCCUCUAGCAGACGACAGCGAUGAUGAAAAGAAAAUGUAUAAAGCUGAAGUCAGGGCUGACAGGAAGUUCAAAGCUGAGAAAAAUAAGAAGUCUAAAAAGUUUAGAACCAAGCCUUACACCAGGAGUGUACCUGCACGAGCUACAAGUCAAUCCACUUCGCAGCAAUUUGGUGUACAGAAACCAGGCUUAUGUUUUUACUGUGGAAAGCCGGGUCACUGGAGAAAAGAAUGUCCAGCAAAUACUACAAAUUUGAAUAAUAAGAUGAGUACAUUUUGUUUAUUUAAUAAACAUUGCGAUAUGCUAGACAGUGAUUCAUUGAAUCACAAUUACAGGGAACAAAUAAAUAAUGAGGCAAUUAGUUGCGAUUCGAACCAAAAUGAUUCAGAAAAUGAAAUCGUUGUAUUUCCUAAAAAAUGUUUAAGUCUUAAUGUUUCUUCUGUGAAUCACGGAUAUUGUUCUCAGCUGAACAGUGAAUGCUCAGUAUCAGUAGCAGAGCAUUUUGAGUCUAAAAAAGAAAAACUUAAAUGUGUAAUAUCGCCAGUAGGAAGAUUGAAGGCUCAUGCUAGCAAAUGGCGAUCUAUCAAUGGCGAUUCUUUCAUUGUAGACGUUAUAGAAAAUGGUUACAAAUUGCCAUUUAGAAAUAUUCCUAGUAAAGUAAUGCUUAAAAAUAAUAAGUCCGCUAGAGACAAUCCGUCUUUUGUUACGACGGAAAUAGAGUGUUUACUAGAAAAACAUGUUAUUUCGGUAGUAGAUCACGUGCCGGAAGUUGUAAAUCCGUUGACUGUGGCUUAUAAUAAGGCCGGAAAAGCAAGGUUGGUUUUAGAUUGUAGGCAUGUAAAUCAGUUUUUGCAUCUAUUCAAAAUCAAGUUUGAAGAUGUUCGUGUCGCUCAGUCUCUAUUUAGUGCUGGGGUUUUUGCUUUUACUUUUGAUUUGAAAGGAGCUUAUCAUCACAUCGAUAUUUUUCAAGCUCAUAGGAAAUAUUUAGGUUUUUCAUGGAUCUAUAAUGGUCAACAGACUUAUUUUGUGUUUAAUUCACUUCCAUUUGGAAUAGCUAGCGCAGGGCAUAUUUUUUCUAAAACUGUCCGAGUAUUGGUCAUGUACUUAAGGUCAUUAGGUCAUAAGGUGAUAAUGUAUCUUGACGAUGGCAUCGGUGGUCAUAUUAAUUUCCGAGAAGCAUUAGAAAGUAGUGCAUUUGUAAAAAGUACAUUGAUUGAAUUUGGUUUUUUGUUGGCGGAAGAAAAGUGUCAUUGGUUUCCCUGUCAAAAAGUAACAUGGUUAGGUUUUAUAUUAGAUUUUUUUCAGAAUAAGAUAUUUGUUACAGAAGAACGAAUUUCUGUCAUAGAAAAAUCAAUCGAGUCUGUACUAUAUCAGAUAAGUUGUGACAAGUGUAGUGUUCUACCAGUCCGUGUGUUAGCGUCUUUGGUUGGACGUCUGAUUUCUCUUCAAUUUGUCUUUGGUAACAUAGUGAGAUUGAGAACGAGAGAGAUGUAUAAAUGUAUCAUCUCUAGGGCUAGUUGGGACUCGCCAGUUUUAGUGAGCGAAUCAGCCAUACAUGAAAUUAUGUACUGGAAAGAAAAUGUAAGAAAAUUGAAUGGAUCAGGUAAAUACAUGUCUGAAAUGAAAGUGUACGAUAUACACGUAUUUUGCGAUGCCAGUGGAUCUGGUUAUGGUGGUUACCUAUAUUUUCCGAGCAAUGAAGCUCAAUUACAUUCUAAUAUUCAAAUGAGUGGAACAUUGUUAUCCCCGGAAGUGGAUUGCAUGUCGAAUGUUAUGUUGAAAUCACCGAUUUCUUCAGCUGUUUCCCCGGAAGUGGAAAAAUGUAUGCUAGAUAAUACAAAGAAAAGUAUAGAUAUAGAUACGAAAGUCACCGGAAGUUGGCUUUUUGAAGAACAGAUUAAAAGUUCUUCUUGGCGUGAGGUUGAGGCAGUGAAUAGGGUUGUUAGAAGUCAAGCACAAUUUCUCAAAAACAAAAAUGUGAAAGUUUUUUCUGAUAAUCAAAAUGUAAAAUCGAUUCUUUUGAACGGCAGUGUUAACGCAUAGCUUCAAAAAAUUGCUUUAGGUUUCAAUGAUUUUUGUGAAGAAAAUAAUAUCCAUAUUAGCCCGGAAUGGAUACCCAGAGAAAAUAAUCAGAUAUCAGAUUAUUUGAGUAGAUGUCUUGAUUCUGAUGAUUGGUCAAUAUCAGAUCGUUGGUUCAGAUAUUUUGAUUGUAUUUGGGGAAUACACACAAUAGAUAGGUUUUCUACUCAUUAUAACACUCAUUGUGAAAGGUUUAACUCUAAGUGGUGGGUACCAGGAACGGAAGCUAUAAAUGCUUUGGAUCAGUCCUGGAAAAAUGAUAAUAAUUGGUUAGUUCCGCCGCCUCGGCUAAUAGUAGAGUGUAUAAACAAAAUUGUAAACGAAAAUGCAAGUUGCACAUUAAUUAUACCAAAGUGGAAAUCUUCAGCUUUUUGGCCUUGCUUGUUUGAUACAAAAUGUAAUUUUAAAACUUACAUAAGAGAUGUAGAGGUUUUACCAAAAAAUGGAAUAAUACGUACUGGUAAAGGUAAUAAUGGCGUGUUUGCACACACACCAUUGCCGUUUUGUAUGCUGGCACUCAAGAUCAGGUUUUAGUUUGGAGUGCCAAUAUAGAUAUAUUUUAAUGAGACAUGUACUGUAUUCUAUUUUACAAUAUUUUAUGAAGUUUAUAAUAUUUGCCUUUUCGAUUAUAGGUGUUGACUUAAAACCUUCAAUCAGGAGCAUGAUGAACAACGCAGGAGUGGACAUUCAAAAACAUCAAACUGUUAUUGAUCACAUGGCAGGUUAUAUUGUACAAUCCCGGGCAGUUUCUACUAGACAGAAAUAUAUGAACUAUUUCAAACAUUUCGAAAAAUAUUGUGUCAAAAAUGGUUUUGUUUCCAAGCCAGCUUCAUCUAUAGUUGUAGCAAUGUAUUUAACAAACAUGUUAGAUCACGGAAAGUCGUACGGUGUUAUUUCUUCUACCGUAUAUUCUAUUAAAUGGAUGCAUUCUUUGCAUGAUUAUGUGGAUCCUACUACGAAUUCAAUGGUUAAACAUUUAUUGGAAACAAGUAAACGAGAAUGCUAUGAACCUGUUAAAAAGAAAGAAACAAUAGAUUCGGAAAUGUUACAAACAUUACUAGUAUCUGAUAAUUUUUCAGAUUCCAGCGACGUGGUAACCUAAAGAGAUCUGUCAAGUAUUCUUUUAGGUUUCGCUGGGUUUUUACGUUUCAACGAACAGAAUUCUUUAAUUUGUUCAGAUAUAACAUUCAAUGAUGAUCACUUAGUGAUAAACAUUCGUAAGAGCAAAACUGAUGUGUAUAGGCAAGGAAAAAAUCUGUUCCGAUUUGUAAGGGUACUACUAAUGCAUGUCCUUUUAAUAUGCUUAAAAAAUAUAUGAGGGCAGCUUGUCUUGACGUAACCUGUAAUGAAUUUUUGUUUAGGCCAUGUUUUAGAUCAAAGGGGGUAUCGGCGCUUAUAAAAAGUAAUAAAAAGUUGUCUUACACACGAGUUAGGGAAUGCAUUUUGUCUAAAUUAAAGUUAGUAGCACCAAAUUUAAAUUUAGGUACACAUUCUUUGAGAGCUAGUGGAGUUACAGUGGCCGCUAACUCAGGUGUGUCUGAUAGAUGUUUAAAGAGACAUGGCCGUUGGAAAACUGAUAUAGCUAAGGACGGUUAUAUUGUUGAUUCAUUAGACAGUCGAUUGUCAAUUACAAAAAAGUUAAAGUUAUAAGUAUUUUAUAGAUACUAUUUUAUAAACAUAUGAAUAAUUAAUUGAAUUUUAAUGUUUUUCGUCUCAAGCUUUGUAAUUUCUAUACGUGUCUCGCCUUGCAGUUGUUGUUGUUGUUGUUUUGGAUAGUGCCUGUUGAGACAUGUAGUUCUCCGCGUUACAUCGUAUAGACGGAGAACUGUUGUCUCAACAGGUGCGAUAUCAAAACUGGUAUAACCAGUUUGGUCACGUGAUAAGAGUUAUUGACCGUGCGUACGUACGAUUAGUGGUCAGUUCUACAGAGACUCUCGCUUGGUACACGUCGUUAACUACAUUAAAAUUCAAUAACAUUUGUGCAAAAUGAUGUUUAUAUAUGCUUUUAUUUGUUUAAUUAAGAGGCAUGUCUGAACUGUUUCCGUUGUUCAGUAUUUCUAGGAAUAGUCGGGGCAUUUCAAUGUUAACGCAUUGACUAGGCUACGGAAACACGUUUCCUCCUGUUUUUAAAAAAUAAUGAAAAGAAAAGAUAGGGGGUUUUUCGUGGGCGGCCCGUAUUCUGAUGAAGAAAUAUACGUUUGAAUUUUCGAUUUCCGUCAUGAUUGAAAACAUUCUGGCUUUGCUUUAGAGGUUUUAUCAGAUUAUUAACAUGACGCAAAUCGCAUUUUCGAUUGUAGCAUGCUUAUAUUUAUCUAAUAGAAUACACAUGAUUAAUGAGUGAUUCUUGAGUUAUAGGAUUAUAUUGUAAUAGAAAAGUAUUAUUGUAAUUACGAAUGUUUACUCCUCAGUUGUGUACCAAUAAAUACGUGUCUCGCCUU